AUGUCAGAAUUCAUCUUUGACAGCGGAAUUUCCCGGAUUUUUUUGGGCGGCAGCGUCACUAUGGUCGCGCUCAUGAUGGUGUCGUCGCGCAUCAACCGUGCGGUGAUGUCUGUGCUUGUGUUUGCCUGGGCUUGCUUCAUCAAGCCUAUUCUUGGUAAGGCUGGCUCGGACAAGACUCUGGGCCAGAGUCAACAGCAGCACGCCUUGGAGCUGUUCUACGGCAACCAGGCCCACAUCUACGAUUCCACGCGGAAAUUGUUGUUGAAGGGUCGCGAGGAGUGCUUGCAGUUGGCAGUUUCCCAUCUUCCCCAAACUAAAAAGGGGUUGGUGUGGGUCGACAUCGGCGGAGGAACCGGUAAGAACAUCGAGAUGAUGAACGAAAUCUUGCCGCUCGAGAAGCACUUUGCUGCCGUCUACCUUGUGGACUUGUCGUCGUCGCUAUGUGCUGUGGCCCGCCAGAGAUUUGCUGGCAAGUCCUGGGCCAAGAAUGUGGUUGUUUUGGAGGCCGAUGCCUGCGACUUCUCCAUCGACCAUGCUACUGCCGACUUGAUCACCUUUUCCUACUCGUUGCUGAUGAUUCCUACCUUUAAUUCUGUCAUUGACCAUGCCCUGGCGCUCUUGGAGAAAUCUGCCGGUGUCAUUGCCUGUGUGGACUUCGGUAUCCAGAGUCUGGACACCUGUGUUGGUCGUAUCAACACUGUGGGAGGCUUGGUUAACCGUAACAUGCCCUGGUUCUUGCGUAACUUCUGGCGUAUCUGGUUUGAGGCUGACAAGGUGUUUUUGGACCUGGCUCGUCGUAACUACUUGGAGUAUAAAUUUGGAACCCUCAAAUCGUUCAACACCUACAACAACAUGUUGGGCAGAAUCCCAUACUACGUCUGGGUUGGCUGUGACAAGGACCGCUCGCGCUCGUUGCUUCACAGAAUCAACUGCUUGGCUACCGAAUCUCCAUACCUUGCUCCCUCCGACGAAACGCAAAGAAUCGAGUACAACAUUCCUGUCAGUAAGGGCCACGAGGCUGUUUUGAGCAACAUCCGCAAGAACUUGCCCUUCCCCUCGAUCUACUACCAGAAGAACCCAUGGAGAGUGUACUUCAACGAGAUCAACCCAUUGUACCACCAAUUCCGUAACCAAUACAUCUACGCUUUCACCUGGGAGGACCCUCGUGAGGACCAUGAGAUGUUGAAGUUCUCCAGCAAGGAUACCGUUUUGGCCAUUACCUCUGCCGGUGACAACAUUUUGGCCUAUGCCUGCUUGCCUGACCCACCUAGCAAGAUCCACGCUGUGGACUUGAACCCAUGUCAGAACCAUCUUUUGGAGUUGAAGCUUGCUUCCUUCAAGAGUUUGUCUCAAGAUCAGAUCUGGAAGAUCUUCGGUGAAGGUAAGAUCCAAAACUUCCGCCAGCUCCUCAUCAACCAAUUAAGUUCCGAAAUGUCUUCCAACGCCUUCCAAUACUGGAUGGACAAGGGUGAGAAGGCCUUGAGUCCUAAAGGCAGAGGCUUGUACGACACUGGUUCCACUCGUUGGGCGUUGAGAUUGGCUCGCGCUGUGUUCACCUUCUUCGGAAUCAACAGCUACAUUGACGAGCUUUGCAGCUGCACCAACUUGAGGGACCAAAUUCGUGUGUGGGAGACUAAAGUAAAACCCACCUUGUUCAACCCAUUUGUGGCUACGCUUCUUGUCGGAAACCCACUUUUCUUGUGGAAGGCUCUUGGUGUGCCAGCCAAUCAGGCUGAGUUGAUCGGUGAUUCUGUUUUGAAGUACGUCGUCGACACUUUAGAUCCUGUUGUUCACCGUUCGUUGAUUUCUACUGACAACUACUUCUACUACUUGUGCUUGAAGGGCAAGUACGCCCGCAACAACUGUCCCGACUACUUGACUGAGAAGGGUUUCCGCAACCUUACUACCAAACGCGCUGACGGCACCGCCCCAAUUGACAACAUUCGUCUUCACACCGACACGUUGAAUGAUGUUUUCUCUCGUUUGAACCAGAAGUCUAUCACGAUUGCCAUUAUUAUGGACCACAUGGACUGGUUCGACCCUAAGAAGGAUGACGCCAAGAACGAGAUCUUGGCCGUUAAGGAGUGUCUCGUCCCCGGUGGACGUGUCAUGCUCCGUUCAGCUGCUCAAUACCCAUGGUACAUCAAGACCUUUGAGGCAUGUGGCUUCAAAUGUAAGCCCCACGGAAUCAGACAUGCAGGUGAGUCUAUUGACAGAAUCAACAUGUAUGCCUCUGCUUGGGUUUGUACUAAGCAAGACGACCCUAAGGCUCCUAAGGCCCAGCGUCGUAUGAGCAGCUUGAAGAUUUAG